AUGCCGAAGACGAAGGCUUCCGCUCCAGCAGUGCGAUGUGGCCUGUGUGAAGAUCCGGAGGACGAAAGUAUGGUCGCAUGCGAUUUAUGCGAUAUGUGGUAUCACUACAAGUGUGUACAUGUAGGAGAUUCAGUAGCGGAUCGUUCUUGGACCUGUCCAGGUUGCAGUAAAGAACUGCUUGCGACCAGUACACCGGUUGGUCGGCAAAAGAAUUCCGUUUCCUCACGUCGUUCGUCGAUCACGGUAAGCACCCGUGCAUCAGCCCGUGCAGCAAGAGCCGCUUUGGAAUUGCAGCAGUUGGAGGAUCGGAAGCGAUUGGAGUUGCAGCGGGUUCUCGAGGAGGAAGAGCGUCGAAAGCAAGAGGCGGAAUUGGAGAAAGCCCGCAUCGAGCAGGAGAAGCUGCAACGUGAGAUGGAGGCGGAACUCGAACGCCGUCGUUUGGACGAAGAACGUCAUCAGCAAGAACAAGAAAGGCUGCAGCGCAAAAGGGAGGCAGAACUGGAGCGAAAGCGGCUGGAAAACGAACGUCGGCAGCAGGAGCAGGAGCAAGCACUAACGAAGAAGAAACUGGACGAUGAGAAAUCCCGUUCUGAAUUGCUCCGGAAGCUGGAGGAGAAGUAUCUCGCCGAAAAGUAUCGGAUUUUGAACGCCCAACUGGAAGGAUCAGUCGGUAGAUGUAGCUCAAUGAGCAGCAUUAGUUUCGAUCAAUCGUCUGAUGGAGCAAAAGCCCUUCCAGAUCACCAGCAGAGGAACCAAGAAGAUCGUCGAAAAAUCGAUCGUGCGCAGAAUGCCAAAAACGCAGAACGGGAAUGCCUGUAUAGGAUGCGGAUUGAAGAGGAGAAACGCCGUGAAGAGUUCCGGGAGAAGUUGGAGCAGAUGGGUUUUGCUGAAAAACACAAAACAUUGUACGCACCUCGCGCGCAAAGGGUAAAAGACUGGUUGGACAACCUCGAAAAGGAAAACUCCAACCCACCGGAGGUACUUCCAGUUCCCCUACCGAUGGGAAAAUCCGGUAAGGAACGGUACACCGGGACGAAACCAAAAGCGAGCAACAAAGUGAAUGAAGAUCCUGUUCCUGACAGAACCUCAAAGGACCGAGGACAGCGUCCGCAUAUCCGGGAUGACGGGCCGGGGCCCUCUGACCAUCGUGACCAGAGACAGCCUGAUAUUCCACGCAACAGGCCACCGGGUCUACCCAGGAUUCCCGAAGAAAAUCAUCCAAAACCAGGUUCGAAUGCCCCUAGGGAAGGAACACGCCCAGACCAAUUACGGGCACCUAUGCAACCCAAUCGUGGAGCAUUCGGCCUGACGAACUCACAACUGGCAGCUCGCCAGGUUUUGCCAAAGGAUUUGCCCAGCUUCUCCGGAAACGCGGAGGACUGGCCAGUUUUUAUUAGCAACUAUGAAAACUCUACUGCAGAAUGCGGGUAUUCCAACGCAGAAAAUCUUAUCCGCCUACAGCGCUGCUUGAAAGGCGAUGCAUUAGAAGCAGUACGGAGUCGGCUUCUACUUCCUGCUGCGGUCCCGCGUGUAAUUGACACCCUGCGAAUGCUCUUUGGCAGGCCAGAGGUGCUGAUCAACUCGCUAUUGGCCAAGAUCCGAAAUACGCAAUCCCCGAAGGAAGGAAGGUUAGACACACUUAUCGCUUAUGGGAUGGCGGUGCAGAACUAUUGCGAUCACCUAGUUGCAGCGAAUCUUGAAGCACAUUUGGGCAAUCCAUCGUUGCUGCAUGAGCUUGUCGAGAAACUUCCGUCGGAGAUUAAGCUCAAGUGGGUGGACUUCAAGGAUCCUGUACCGGUAGUUAGUCUGGACACCUUCGGGCAGUUUAUGGCGGAUAUAGUACGGAAAGCAAGCGAGGUAACAACGUAUCGACCAGCGACUUUGGCAAAGGCACCGAAAGAUGAAACGAAGAAAAGCGGGAAUGCGAAGGCUCGAGGAUUCGUCAAUCACCACAGCGAUACUCGUGCGUCAGGUGAUGACCAGUUGAAGCAAACACCAUCGGAAAAGGUAUGUCCGAUCUGCAGCAAAGUAGGCCAUGGAGUGGAUAGUUGCGGUAAGUUCAAAGCAUUGAAUUCUGAUGAACGUUGGAAGAUGGUGCGGCAGCACAAUUUGUGCAGAUCCUGUAUGAGGAAUCACCUUCCUUAUCCCUGUCGACGACCCAAGAAUUGUACGAUCGACGGGUGUCGAAUACGUCACCAUCCCUUGCUCCACUCUUUCCCUUCACAGUCGAAAUUAGCAGCUAGCUCACAGAAUUUCCACUCCGUCAGUCAGACCGUAAUAUAUCGCAUUCUCCCUGUUACGGUGCAUGGUGCUUCUGGUUUCAUUAACACAUUUGCGUUACUCGACGAGGCUUCCGAGGUAACGAUGAUCGAGAAGAGUUUGGCUGACGAACUGGGUCUCAAGGGUUCACCAGAUCCAUUGCACCUUCGCUGGACCGGAAAUGUGUCCCGAGUAGAGGAACAGUCUUGCGUGGUGAAGCUGGAGAUUUCCGGAAAGCAAAAGAAACGACGUUUCAACGUGGUCAACGCACGUACCGUAGAAGAGUUAGAACUUCCUGUUCAGUCGAUCAACCCGGAUGAACUAAUCAAUAACUUUCCGUACCUCAAAGGUUUGAAUAUUGAUGGAUACGAUGAAGCUCGUCCGCAGCUACUAAUCGGCCUGGAAAACCUCUACUUGUCCACUCCACUGAAGAUUCGUGAAGGAGCACGUGGUCAACCAAUCGCCACUAAGACAAGAUUAGGGUGGUGCGUCUACGGAGGAGCAUCUACCAAACCAGACGAUUUCCGAGGAGUUUUCCACGUCAGCCGUAUGACUGAAUAUCGUCAGUUGCAUGACCUGGUAAAGCAGUACUUCCUGACGGACAGUCUCGGUGUCACUCCAUUGACUACUGAGCUUGAAUCGGCAGAAGACAAAAGGGCCAGACAAAUUCUCGAAUCAACAACUCGACGUGUACCAGGUGGAUUCGAAACUGGCCUGCUUUGGAGAUGUGAUGAGGUCCACUUCCCCAACAGCUAUCCUAUGGCUGUAAGCAGACUGAAGAGUUUGGAGCGGAAGACUCAAAAGGUUCCAGAACUGGCUAAGCGAGUCCACGAUCAGGUGGACGCCUAUUUGGAAAAGGGCUACGCGCGUAUUGCAACGGAGGAUAAUCUGUGUUCCGAUGAUCAAGAUCGAAUAUGGUUCUUGCCGCUGGGAGUGGUAAUUAAUCCUAAGAAACCACAGAAGCUGCGGUUGAUAUGGGAUGCUGCCGCUCAAGUCAAAGGUACAUCGUUUAACUCAAUGAUGCUGAAGGGUCCCGAUUUGCUGACGCCACUAACGAGUGUGCAGUAUCGAUUCCGGCAGAGACGCGUCGCGGUCACGGGGGAUAUACGAGAAAUGUAUCACCAGUUCAAGAUCGCGUUGAGAGACCAGAAGUCGCAGAUGUUCCUGCAUAGAAAAGACUCAUCCGAAGAGCCCGUCAUUUACGUGAUGAAUGUGGGGAUUUUUGGAGCAGCCUGUUCCCCAUGCUCAGCACAAUACAUUAAAAAUCUAAAUGCGAAAGAGCAUGCACUAGAGUUCCCGAACGCUGCUGAAGCUAUCAUCAAUAGCCACUAUGUGGACGAUUUUCUGGACAGCGGAGAUACCGUGGAGGAGGUCAUUCGUUUGGCCGAGGAAGUCAGAUACGUCCAUAGCCAAGGGGGAUUUGAAAUUCGAAACUUCAUGUCAAAUUGCCGAGAAGUACUGGAAGGACUUGGAGAAAGAAAUGCUGCGAAGGAGAAGAUGUGGAAUUCAGAGGAGUCUAACGUUGCAGAAUCUGUCCUGGGUAUCCGCUGGUUACCACAAUCAGAUGAACUGACCUUCUCCGCUUACAUGCCUGGUACAGAGGAGGGUUUGUUAGACGGUUCAGUUCGUCCUACGAAGCGCCAGAUCUUGAAGACGGUUAUGAGUCUGUACGACCCACUUGGAUUUCUCGCCACGUACGUGAUUCAAGGGAAAAUCAUCAUUCAAGACUUGUGGCGAGCCAACUGUGACUGGGAUGACUUGAUAGAUGACGGGAUUUUCGGAGAUUGGAAGCGUUGGAUAAACUUGUUGCCAAAGCUGGAGACGUAUUUUGGAGACGCUGUUCCAGAAGACUGCCAGCCACUGCAACUUCACACGUUCGUCGACGGAAGCAGCACUGCAUACGCCUGCGUAGUGUAUAUUUGCUUUAUCUAUGCUGGUCAGCCGCAUUGUGCGCUGAUAGGAGCGAAAGUCAAGGUCGCUCCAAUCAAAACACUAUCAAUCCCAAGGCUCGAAUUGCAAGCUGCCAUCCUGGGAACCCGGCUAGCACAGUCGAUUUUGGAGAAUCAUCAGCUUCCUAUUCAUCAACGGUUCUACUGGACCGAUUCAUCGACGGUCCUUCAUUGGAUCAACUCCGAUUCCCGCAGGUAUCGACCGUACGUUGCUUACAGAAUUGGAGAGAUUUUGACAUCGACCAACCCAAGCGAAUGGAAGAAAGUACCAACGAUGCAGAAUGUAGCGGAUAAGGCAACGAAGUGGGGCAACGGGCCGUGCUUUGAUCCUGAAGAUCCAUGGCAUCGAGGACCACAGUUCCUAUGGGGUCCAGAGGAGUUUUGGCCAGAACAAAAUUGGAAAGGAACAGAUGCAGCAGAAGAACUUCGCCCGGUACUCGUUAACCGACGGGUGAAAAUAGAGCCUGUGAUCGAUGUGAAACGUUUUUCGAGAUGGGAAAAGCUGCAGCGAACGGUAGCGUACGUUCUCAAAUUCGGAGGAGUGAUGAGCGAAGAUACGUCGUUGGAAACACCGAUAAAUUCAGAACUUCUGUGCAAAGCGGAAGUGAAGCUGUGGAAGAUGGUUCAGCUGAAGACGUUUCCUGAGGAGUUAGCUGUGUUGCAGAGUCGACAUUCUACAAAGCCUUCGGGGGCGGUGCCGGUAUCGAGCCCGUUGUAUAAAUUGUCAGCUUUCAUCGAUGAAGAGGGAUUGGUGCGAAUGGAUGGUCGUAUCGGCGCCGCCCCCAACCUGCCGAUCGAAGCUAAGUAUCCCGUUAUACUAGCUCCGAACCAUCCAGUAACCUUUCUCUUCGUAGAUUUCUACCAAUGUCGAUGUCACCACCGUAACCAGGAGACGGUAGUCAAUGAGCUUCGUCAACUGGUCUACAUUCCAGGUCUACGAAACCUGGUCCGCAAAGUCGCCGCUAGAUGUCAGAUGUGCAAGGUUUACAACGCAUCACUGGGUUCGCCGAAGAUGGGCCCACUACCGCGGGCCAGGCUGGAAGCAUUUCUUCGUCCGUUCACCUACACCGGGCUGGACUACUUCGGGCCAGUGACAGUCAAAGUUGGUCGCAAACACGCUAAGAGAUGGGUUGCCUUGUUCACGUGCCUGACAACUCGAGCGAUACAUUUGGAGGUGGCACAUAGCUUGUCUUCGAUGUCCUGCAAGAUGUGCAUCCGUAGAUUCAUUGCUAGAAGAGGUGCCCCAUCAGAGAUAUACUCUGAUAACGGCACCAACUUCCGCGGUGCCGCGAAUGAGCUACAAGAUCAAAUCCAGCAGUGCGCCGAAACCUUCACCAAUACCACGACCAAAUGGUAUUUUAAUCCUCCAGCCGCACCCCACAUGGGUGGGGUGUGGGAACGACUUGUGCGAUCGGUCAAGGUCGCUAUAGAAACAAUGGCCUCCGCACCAAGAGUACCCGACGAUGAAACCUUCGAGACAAUCAUCCUAGAGGCCGAGAGUAUGAUCAACUCAAGACCUUUGACAUACAUCUCGCUGGACAACGCCGGCCAAGAAGCGCUGACACCCAAUCAUUUUCUUUUGGGUAGCUCAAAUGGAGUUAAGCAACUGCCUAAGGAACCUACGAAGGCCACCGAUUGUCUACGCAGCAGCUGGAACCUGGCACAACACAUUCUGGAUGGAUUUUGGAAAAGAUGGUUGCGCGAAUACCUUCCAACGAUUGCCAGGCGAACCAAAUGGUUCCGAGACACUAAACCAAUUGAAGUGGGUGACUUGGUUUUCGUUGCCAACGAGAACAAGAGAAAUACCUGGAUUCGAGGUCAGAUCGUCGAGGUUAUUCGUGGAAAAGAUGGUGUUACCAGACAGGCCCUGGUACGUACGGAAGCGGGAGUCAUCCGACGUACGGCAGUGAAGCUCGCCGUCAUCGAGGUAGCUGAAGAUGGUAAGGUCGAGGCUAGUGGACAGGACCAAACUCAACCUUACGGGCCGGGGAAUGUUGGUACUGCUACGAGCCAUCCGCAGUCCCCUUGA